GUUCGAACUUUUCUGCAGCCACACAGCUAGGUAUCCCCAACGAACCGGCACCGAGACCCCUCGACUUCCAGCUGCCUUGAGAGGUCACGUUUGUUAAACGCCCACGAACUUUCUCGUCCUCGUCCGCAAUCAGGAGAUAGUGAAAGCAUCGUAAUGUCGGAACGCGUGAUCCUGUCGAAGGACUCGGUCUAUCAGCAGAUCAAGGAUUACUACAACGCCAACGGGGCGUCGAUUAACAUCAAGAAACUGUUCGACGAGGACGACAUUCGCUUCGACAAGUUCCACCUUAAGUUAACGACCCCGGCCGAUGGAGACUUCCUGCUGGACUACUCCAAGAACCGCGUCACCGAUGACGCCUGGAAUCUGCUGCUGGAGCUGGCUGAAUCACGGGAUGUCGUGAAAAUGCGUAACGACAUGUUCAAUGGCGAGCGUAUCAACGUGACGGAGAAUCGAGCAGUUCUGCACGUAGCUCUGCGUAACCGCUCCAACAAGCCCAUCAUGGUGGACGGCAAGGACGUGAUGCCGGAAGUGAACGCGGUGCUGGAUCACAUGAAAGAGUUCACCGAGCAGAUCCACAGUGGAGCGUGGCGCGGUUAUACCAACAAGAAGAUCAGCGACGUCGUUAACAUCGGUAUCGGCGGAUCGGAUCUUGGUCCGCUCAUGGUGACGGAAGCGCUUAAACCGUACAACCAAGGCAUCCGGUCGCAUUUUGUGUCGAACGUGGACGGAACGCACAUCGCAGAGACGCUGAAGAAGCUGGAUCCCGAGACGACGUUGUUUAUUAUCGCCUCGAAGACGUUCACCACGCAGGAGACGAUCACGAAUGCGACCGCCGCCAAGCGCUGGUUCCUUGAACGGUGUGGUGAGAAGGAACACGUUGCGAAGCAUUUCGUGGCGCUGUCCACCAACAAGGAGAAGGUGGCCGCGUUCGGGAUUGACACCAGAAACAUGUUCGAGUUCUGGGACUGGGUUGGUGGACGUUACUCGCUCUGGUCCGCCAUCGGUUUGUCCAUUUCGCUGGCUAUUGGGUUCGACAAUUUCGAGAAGCUGCUGGAGGGUGCUCACUACAUGGAUAACCAUUUCAUGACCGCUCCGUUGAACGAGAAUGCUCCGGUCAUUUUGGCUCUUAUGGGUAUUUGGUACUCGAACUUCUACGGUGCCGAAACGCACGCUCUACUGCCAUAUGAUCAGUAUCUGCACCGGUUUGCCGCGUACUUCCAGCAGGGCGAUAUGGAAAGCAACGGCAAGGGCGUCACCAAGGCUGGGGAGAAAGUGGACUUUGCCACGGGACCGAUCGUUUGGGGAGAACCUGGCACCAACGGUCAGCACGCUUUCUACCAGUUGAUCCAUCAGGGCACUCGGCUGAUUCCGUGCGAUUUCAUCGCUCCAGUCCAGACGCACAACCCUGUGGAGGAGGGCGCGAUGCAUACGAUCCUGCUGGCGAACUAUCUGGCCCAGACGGAGGCCCUUAUGAUGGGCAAAUCGGCUGAGCAAGCGCGUGGCGAGCUGGAGAAGGCCGGUCUGGCUGGGGAUGCCCUCGAGAAGCUGCUACCGCACAAGGUGUUCACCGGAAAUCGACCCACAAACUCGAUCCUGGUGAAGAAGGUGACUCCAUUCGUGCUCGGAGCGCUGAUCGCGAUGUACGAACACAAGAUCUUCACCCAAGGCGUUAUUUGGGACGUGAAUUCGUUCGAUCAGUGGGGUGUCGAGCUGGGAAAGCAGCUGGCCAAGGCGAUCGAAGUCGAUCUGGUCGAUCCGAAUCAGACCACCACGCACGAUUCCUCCACCAACGGACUGAUCAACUUUAUCAAGAUCAACCAGGAGAAAUAAGACGUCUACUGGUUCAGCAUCUAUUUAUUGAAUAGCAACAGCAAACACUGAGCAAAUGAAAAAUAUAUCUUACACAUUCGUAGGCACACACAGACACACCCCCCUUUGUAGCAUCUCCCUUGCCGUCGGCUGUAAACCUCGGAUAUGGGGGAGCUUUCGUGACAUGUAACAUGCGUACACCUCGAUCUCACCUCCAGUAGAUGUGCAAAAGUCGGCAAUGGUCGUGGCGCUGCGAUAUCUUACCCUUUAACACACGUACACGUCAAUGGAGCAUUGCUAGGGCAGUUGGACAGGACUAACAAUAGAGCCUAACCGUGCAAUAUUAUUCAGUAGUAGCUUACCGACACUGUGUCACGUGAAUGAAACACGCUAAAUGUACCAAUAAAGUUAACUACGUUAA